AUGGAGACAUUGGACGUGCUUGAUCUACCCCAGCUUUACACCCGACCUUCCGCCGAGACACUCCUUGAUACGCUCGGACUUCUCACGCUCGCGCCGCAGUCAUGGGACUUUGAUGAAGAGACAAAUACUAAGGAUGGGAGAAGUGAGCAGGAGUCUCGAAAGACCAAGCGGAGAACAGUACAAGUCAAUCCAGAAGGCGUUACACGAUAUCUCACAAGCAUUGUGAGCAACCCUCUGAAAUGGAUACAAGAUGAGGAAGUCAAGGAAGAAAUCUGGAAUCAGGCCAGCCUUCGAAUGAGCGAGCGUUCGGGUCGCACGGCCAUGGGCUCGUUGUCCCGCGAGUUCCGAAUACCCUUGACCUCGAGCUGGUUCACCUUGACCAUUCACGAACCUGCCCUAACCGGCGACGACCUGGGCUUGAAGACAUGGGCCGCCUCCUACAUGCUCUCCAAACGUCUACACAAAUUUGAUAUAGUCGAUUCAGACUCAGGGUCAAGGCCACCCAUUUUGGAAUUGGGAUCAGGCACUGGACUGGUAGGACUGGCCAUGGCUGCUCUGGGCGCAGCUGUCAUUCUCACGGACCUGCCUAAUAUACAAGACAAUCUUGCGCGCAAUGCAAAAGAUAACUCUACGCUCAUCGAGCAGAACGGCGGGUCGGCACGUACUGGGACAUUAGACUGGAUGCAGCCUGCCUCGUGUGAAUUGUUCGCGGAUGGCGUAGUCACCGAGACACUUGAUGCUGCCACAUCAAAGUUCCCUAUCAUACUCGCAGCCGACACGCUAUACUCCCCAGAACUUCCACGCAUGUUAGUCGACACUAUCGCGGCAUGGCUGUCUGAGGAUGCCAACGCCCAAGUCAUUACCGAGUUUCCGUACAGAGAAUUCAAUCGGCAAGAAAUGAAAGAGUUUCGGGAACGGAUGGAAAGCAUUGGACUCUACAUCCUGGAAGAAGGGGAAGAGAACGGUUUCGACGACUGGGGUGCAUCAGGAGCAGCUGGUAGAGAAGAAGACAGAGCGCUCAAUCCUUCGUUCGUCCUCAAGCAAAAAGAUGAAGUCGUGUACGAAGACCGCCCAAUCCCCGAACUUCCCUCACCAUACGAUGUCCUCGUGAAGCCUAAGUGGACAGGUAUCUGCGGUUCAGAUGUCCACUACUGGGUCGAAGGCCGCAUCGGCCACUUCGUCGUCGAGAAGCCCAUGGUCCUCGGCCACGAGUCCGCAGGUAUUAUUGAGAAGGUAGGUGACAAGGUCAAGACACUGAAGGUUGGCGACCGCGUCGCUAUGGAACCUGGUGUUCCCUGCCGCCGCUGCGUUCGCUGCAAGGAGGGCAAAUACAACCUAUGCCCCGACAUGGCUUUCGCCGCCACACCGCCCUAUGAUGGUACCCUGGCGAGGUACUACACCCUGCCUGAGGACUACUGCUACAAGCUCCCCGAAAACAUGAGCCUGGAGGAGGGCGCUCUCAUCGAACCCACAGCUGUCGCAGUCCACAUCACAAGGCAAGCGGCCAUCAAGCCUGGAGACUCGGUCGUUGUGUUCGGCGCUGGACCGGUUGGCUUGCUGUGCUGUGCUGUUGCGAAGGCGUACGGUGCGAAGAAGAUCGUCACAGUCGACAUCAACGACGAGAGAUUAAACUUCGCGCUCAAGUAUGCGGCGAAUGCUAGUUUCAAGAGCGCACGCGUUAGCGCAGAAGAGAACGCGAAGAACCUGAUCAAGGAGUGCGAGUUGGGACCUGGUGCAGAUGUCAUCAUCGACGCCUCGGGUGCUGAGCCUUGCAUUCAGACUGCAAUCCACGCCCUCAGGAUGGGCGGCACAUACGUACAGGGUGGCAUGGGCAAACCCGACAUCAACUUCCCCAUCAUGGCCAUGUGCACCAAAGAGCUCAACGUCAAGGGCUCAUUCCGCUACGGCUCGGGCGACUACCAAACCGCCGUCGACCUGGUUGCGAGCGAGCGCAUCAGUAUCAAGGAGCUCAUCACAGGGAAGGUCAGCUUUGAUGAGGCCGAGAAGGCGUUCGCGGACGUUAAGCAGGGUAAGGGGAUCAAGAUUCUGAUUGAGGGGCCCAAGGAGUAG